GGUGGGCGUAGGAAGAGCCGCGCGUCGGAAGAGCCCCGCGCCACGGAGGCGGCCUGGAAGGGAGGUGCCGCCGGUUCGAAUCCCGGGUGGGGCAGGUGGCAGGGGUGGGUCGCUCUGUACGUCCCCGGGAAAUUGGAGGGUGAGAGGGCUGAGAGGAGGGAAUGGUUUGGGAGUGAUAUCUCCACCAACCCGUUCCUUUAUCCUUUUUUUUAAGCUCCCCAUCAGGACUCUUAGGAAGAGUUUGGGGUGGUUGCGUUGGUCUUGCUGUGUUGGGAGGGGUUAGGGCUGGGUAGACCUGAGAGUGGGGCCAAACCGGUCCAAAACUGGGGGACUUCUGUGAGAGUAGGGGGUGGAGGUAGUUCACUGGGGGAGGGUCAGAUUUAGGGUAGCUCAGGAGCCUAAGGUGGGGAGGCUGGGUGUUUGGACAGAGGUGGGACUGAGUCUGUGAAGACUUGGGUCAACAUUGGAUUGCCCCCCCCCCAGGAGGGAAUCUAGGCGGGGUGUUGAGAUUUCUGGGCGUCCCACCAUUGCCAUGGAAGAAGCAGAGUCAAGUGAGAGAACCCCGCUCUUAGGGAGCCAACCCCGCUCCCCUACGGGCUCCCCGGCCACCAGCGUGUUCCACGGACGGCGCCUGGCGUGUGCCGCGGUGCUCUUGGCGGAGCUGCUGGAGAGAGUCGCCUUCUACGGCAUCACCUGCAACCUGGUCUUGUUCCUCAACGAGACGCCCUACAACUGGGAGGGAGCCCAAGCCAGCCAAGCCUUGCUGGUGUUCAUGGGCAUCACCUACCUGGUUUCUCCCUUUGGCGGCUGGUUGGCCGACGCUUUGCUGGGCAAAUUCCCCACCAUCUUGGUCAGCAUGGCGGUGUACCUCCUGGGGAUGCUGGCCUUCCCGGCCAUGGCCCUGCCCGCCACUCGGCAGUGGCUCUGUGGGGAGCUUCAACCGUGGCCCGUCGAGAACUGCUCCUCGCCGGUCGCCUCCAACGUGACGUCCCCUCCUUGCGAGCUGGAAGGUGCCACCCGCUACUGCCUCAUCCCGACCUUCGUUGGCCUGGUGCUGGUGGGAAUCAGCGUUGGUUCGGUCAAAGCCAAUAUCACUCCAUUUGGAGCCGACCAGGUCAAGGAUCGGGGCCCCGAGGCCACCCGGAGGUUCUUUAACUGGUUUUACUGGAGCAUCAACUUGGGGGCCAUCCUCUCGCUGGGCGGGAUUGCCUACAUCCAGCAGAACGUGGACUUCAGCACCGGCUACAUCAUCCCGGCGGUCUGCAUCGGGGUCUCCUUCGUCGUCUUCCUGUGCGGCCAGAGCGUCUUCAUCACCAAGCCGCCCGACGGCAGCGCCUUCACGGACAUGUUCCGGAUCUUGGCCUUUUCAUGCUGUUCCCAGAGGAGGGCUGAGGCGUACCCCAGAAAUAGGGACAGCCAAGGCGUCCUUCCGCAACAGCCUCGCAAGCAAAGCCUCUUUGAGUCGGCCAAAGUCUCCCGCGGGGGACCCUUCAGGGAAGAGAAAGUGGAAGACGUCAAAGCCCUCGUCAAGAUCAUCCCCGUCUUCCUGGCGCUCAUCCCUUACUGGACGGUCUACUUUCAGUUCCCAGCUGCCUGGCUCACCAUGUUUGAUGCCGUUCUCAUCCUCAUCCUGAUCCCUUUGAAAGAUAAGGUGGUGGACCCCAUCUUGAAGAGGAACGGCUUCCUUCCCUCAUCCCUGAAAAGGAUCGCUGUUGGGAUGUUCUUUGUGAUGUGUUCUGCCUUUGCUGCAGGGAUUUUGGAAAGCAAUCGUCUGAAGGUGGUGAAAAAAAAUAUGAUCAAUCAGACAAUUGGGAUCACGGUGUAUCACGCAGCCGAUAUGUCCGUCUGGUGGCAGGUCCCUCAGUACAUUCUGAUUGGUUUCAGUGAAAUUUUUGCCAGCAUCGCAGGUCUCGAAUUUGCUUAUUCCGCGGCUCCGAAAUCUAUGCAAAGUGCCAUUAUGGGCCUGUUUUUCUUUUUUUCCGGAAUCGGAUCUUUUGUCGGCUCAGGCCUGCUGGCGUUGGUGUCUAUUAAAUCCAUUGGGUGGAUGAGUAAUCAUUCAGAUUUAGGUAACAUUAAUGGCUGCCAUUUGAACUAUUACUUCUUCUUGCUGGCGGCCAUCCAAGGGGUGACGCUUCUGCUCUUCCUCGUUGUGUCCGUUAAAUACGACCGCCAAAGGGCCCGGACUAAUGGAGUUGGUGGUAGCGGGCGGAUCUGAUGAGAGGUGCAACCGAAGAGCGAGUUGAUUUGCUCGGCUUCCAAGCAUCGCCCAUGGAACUGACGCUCCGCAAGAGGUCUUCGACGCUCCCGUAGCUGAACAUUUUCUGUCGACAUGCAUGUGAAUAUUGAGUUCUUCCUCCAGACCACUUUGAGGGUUUUUUUUUCCCAACCCUCUUGCCCCGUUGAAGGAACUAAAGUGCCUUAUUUUAGUGAGAUGAUUUUGUUGGUCUUGUUCUGUGCUGGCAAUACGGCACAAAACUUCCCCCCUCCCCUUUGGCAUUCACGCCGCGCCGCAUUUAUUCCAAGCUGUUUUCUCCAGUUGACGAAGGCCGCCAUUUGUUAGUUCCGGGAAACGGAGAUCAGAACGGACGACCGAUGUUGGAAGUAUUUGAACUCUCUUCAAGGGCACGCUUGGGGAAAAAAAGUGGACAAGAACAUGGCUUGGUUUUUACUUUCCUCACAAUUGAGGUCCUCUUUUUUUUAGUGUGAAACAGCUGAUUUUUUAAAAAAUCCCCUUAAACCUAUGGUUCUGUCGGUUAUACGGUGAUAAGUUGUGGAAAAGGGGUUUUUUUCCUGUGUUUUGACAAAAAGGGAUUGCGUUGGGACUGGUGUGUUUCUCAGAAACAAAGGUUCGAAAGAUUUCAGAGACCUAAAUCAUGUCGCUGGACACAGCUAAAAGAAACGUGGGUUUUACAUAAGUGUUGGUGUCCAUAAUUGUUGGCAUCUGCUUUAGAUCGGACCACCAGCAGGAUAUUAUCUAUUAUCUUGGUUAAUUAAUAGGCCUUACUGUCCAACAGGGUGAUCCUUUUUUUAAAUAAAUCUGUUAAAUUUUGGGUUACGAAACUGAGCUAAGAUGAGAGUUUUCUCUUUCCUUUGCCUCACGCCUGGUGAACAAACCAGAUAUCUCCAAAUGUUUGGAAAACGUGAGAUGAUGAAUAAGCAGGUUUAUUGUUUCUGGGUGGUCCGUCUUUCCUGUUCUAGUAAAAAACAACAACCCAAUGCAUAGCAAAAAAAACAGAAUAAAGGACAGAGGUCUGAUUUUAAACAAGGAUGGGUGGAUAAAGGCACAAACAAUGGCAAUGUUGAUGUAAGUGGGAGCAAAUGAAGAGUUUGACCCACUGGGAUGGACAAGAGAGAAAUGGCAAGGGAUGAUGGGCUUUGUCAUUCAGCAGGAUCUAGAGGGCUAUAGCUUCCCUAUCCCUCUUCUAAGAUGGUUCAGGGUUAAGAAGUCAUCUUCUAGACCCGAGAUUCUUCCCCCAUGCCCCUAAUUGUUAUGAAAAUGUGCAAUGACAAAUGAAUGAUUAUGAAUCCCCAGGCCGCUUCAUAAAACCAUUAUGACAUAUUUCAGCAACGUCUACGGUCUGGGAACGGCGUUCUUUCCUUUCUCCCUGGGCUUAAUUUUUAAUCGUGUCUCCUCUGUUCACAACCGCGAGGACUGAGCAAAUGGUAAAAGCAGACGUUUGCAUAGAAAUCAUGGAGCGCACUGGCGGAAAGCAGGAGAGAGAUAGAUCGAUAUAAUUAAUUAAUUUCCAUUACUAACAAAUGUGUGUGAGAGUGUGAAAUUUUUUUAAAGUUUUCUUUGGUGGUGUAUUUUUAAGCGUAUUUAAGCAAAAGAUCUUUGGUUUACUUUUCAGUAAAAUACCUUCUGUCAAACAAAACUGUUUACAAAACCCUUAACUCUGUGAGCCUGUGUUCUGAGGUAAAAUAAAAAUUAAAAUAGGCUGCAAUGUA